AUGACGAAGGACUCCUCCAUCGCUCCGCCGUUUCUUUUGGAGAUACCAGAUGUUGGCAACCCUUUCGACGAUGAUGAUCUGUCCACGUCCCAGACAACUGCUGAGGGUUUCUCGCACCCAUCUGGUCCGGCAGCCGAGGUCGUCUUCGGUCUUGAUAGUGACGCAAGGAACUGCUGUUGUCGGUGUGUUACCUCUGAGGGGGUCUCAACCUUCUACUGUUGUCCUGUGUGCGAAGCUCUCUUGUGCUCGCAGUGCCUUCUAGAACUGCGGGCUGACUGUGGACCUGAGGAGCUCUCCUGUCCUCUGUGCGGCGACUCGACUACUGCAAGGGUGUCUAUGAACCGUCACGCUGCCCUUCUCAAGGCAGCAGGAGAAGCUCGAGUAGAUGUGCGGACUGCAUGGUCGGGGUUGCUGAAUUUCCGUAGAGGAACAGGUGAGAGCGACGACGAAGAGGAGACCCCCGAGUUGGUCGUUGGUGAGUCUUUGGAUAUUUUCCGGUUCAGUCUUGUGCCAUCUGUGAUUCAGAUGGAAGAGGGCAUCCAGCAUCCGACCGGGCAUGGUAUCAUGUUGCGUAUGAAUCUUCUAACAUGCCACAACGUUGACUGA